AUGGGAAUAGCUGCACUUGAACAAUUUAGUUCGAUGGCUCAUUUUGUUCCACUUUACCUUCAAGAUCAACAAUUAACAAAUCAAGUUUUUUUAAUAAAGCAUGAUCCAACAGGUCCAAAAGAUGCUCACACGAGUGUACUUGUUGAUGUAGCUGGUACAUCAACAGCCACCAACAUUAAAGGUGUGUUAUGUCAUGUCGUAGCUAACACCAAUGAUGGUCAAAUUCCUCAUUCUACAAGUUUCAAAUGUGAUUAUUGGGAGUCACCAAAAUCGCGAUUAACAUUGAUAUACGUUGGAAAUCUUGCAGAGAGUAAGUAUAUAGGUGGUGUUGAGCCAUUACCACAAUAUCUCAAUAAUCCAUGGAUGCAAAAUGGUAUUCAUCAACAUUUAAUUAAUCCUCAAAUUGCAGUUGCUUAUAAACAAUCAUUACUUCAUUUUUUAACAAGUUAUUUAUAUUCUCACAUGGCUGAACUAUAUGAACAAAAAUGGAGUGCAAGUCUAAAUUGCCAACAGUUUGCUCGACGUUUCAUCGAAGAAACAAUAGGUUUAAACUGGCCGGACGGUGUUUCAGUUGCUGGUGACAUAGUAAAUGAAAUACCUGAAGUUAAUAUGAAUAUUAAACAACCAAUGACAGUUAUUGUUAUGUGUAUAACUAUCGUGGCAACAAUAAAAGCAUUAGCACUAGAUUAUCGUAAUGAUGUUUUAUUUAAUUGUAUAGCACUCAUUUCUGGCCUUCUUGUACAUAUUCGUCAUUUAACAGGUGUAAUGGCUGAUCCAGAUUUUCUCAAAUUGAUAACACGGAUUGCUAUUAAUUUUUCACCACAUCUUACAAAAAUUGUUGUGGUAAAAGCUUUUCAUUUUCGUACUAAUCUUCUCGUUGAAGUCGAUAUUGGUUUACUGGUUAAUAUGCAAAUACAACAAGCACAUGAUAUUGAUAUUAAUUUGCAAAUGAAACUUUAG